UCCAUAGAUUUCCACGACAUCCUCAGAUAUCCAAAUCAACCAAACUUGUCAUUCUCAUCUCAGACGCAAGUUCCAAUCAGCUACUUCGUUUUCUAGCUUAGAAUAUCAAAAGUACACACAAUCCAUCUAUGUAUACUCUAAAAACCCUUUUCGACUGAAUCCUGUUGCAUCCAAUCCAUGGCUUCCAUGUCUCUGAUCAUUCUCAGAGACCAUAGACCAGGGGCGUACCAUGCGCUGCUUAACCCAAGCUUUCGUACUCCCACUUGGAUGAACCUUCACAAUUACCAUCUGGACUUAAAACGUGGGCUUUAUCUGGCUGAGAGUGGAAGAGCCUGUGAAAUCCGAAGCGAGUUGCAGGCUCCAAUUGUUGCAAUUAGAAGACGCUCCUUAAUCCUUGAAACGUCAAAAAGUUCUCAAAUAUUGUGCAAAGCUACAACAGAUAUUUCCGGAGAUAUUCCUGAAAAUACUGGGGGGCUGAGCCAGUAUGAAAAACUUAUUGAAACCAUAAUCACUCUAUUUCCUGUCUGGGUCAUCUUGGGGGCUGUUGUCAGCAUUUACAAGCCAACUGCUGUAACCUGGUUGGGGACAGAUAUUUUUACUCUUGGCUUGGGUUUCCUCAUGCUGUCUAUGGGCUUGACAUUGACAUUUGAGGAUUUCAGACGAUGUAUGCGAAAUCCUUGGACUGUGGGUGUAGGGUUACUUGCGCAAUAUUUUAUUAAACCCGUGCUAGGCUUUGUCAUUGCAACGACUCUUAAACUCUCGGCUCCUCUUGCAACUGGUCUUAUUCUGGUCUCAUGUUGUCCUGGAGGUCAGGCAUCAAAUGUUGCAACAUUCAUAUCCAAAGGAAAUGUUGCACUCUCAGUUCUUACAACAAUGUGUUCAACUAUUGGAGCUAUUGUUAUGAUCCCGCUCCUCACAAAGCUUCUUGCUGGUCAACUUGUUCCCGUUGAUGUUGUUGGCCUGGCACUUAGUACCUUUCAGGUUGUUUUAGUCCCAACAAUGGUGGGAGUUUUGGCAAAUGAAUUUUUUCCCAAGUUCACGUCAAAGAUAACCAUGUUUACACCUUUGAUAGGAGUCAUUUUGACCUGUCUCCUUUGCGCAAGCCCAAUUGGACUAGUUGCUGAUGUCUUAAAAGCUCAAGGAGCACAAUUGAUAUUUCCAGUUGUUUUCCUACAUGCUGCUGCAUUUGCUGUUGGUUAUUGGGUUUCAAGAAUAUCAUUUGGCGAAUCCAUAUCACGCACAAUAUCUCUAGAAUGUGGGAUGCAGAGUUCUGUACUUGGACUUUUCCUUGCUCAGAAGCACUUUUCAAACCCCCUUGUAGCUGUUCCUUGUGCUGUUAGUGUUAUAUGCAUGGCGCUUGGGGGGAGUACUCUUGCUGUGUUUUGGAGGAACAGACCAAUUCCCCUUGAUGACAAAGAUGACUUCAAGGAAUGAAAAAUCAUGGCCUCACUUCCAUGCAUUGCAUGCCAUGUAAAUACUUCCCCCUCCCCUAAUUUUUUGUGGGACAAUUGUUUAUGCAUUGGUUGAUAAGAAAAUUUUGCUUUUGAAUUCACGUGUAGACACUCAAGCAAAUUU